AUGGCUCCACACCCUGACUCAGCCCCACAGCAGCCACCAGGCCCGCUCCCUCACUGCUUCCCGUCCCCGCUUCCUGCCCCCAGUCCCCGUCCCCGGAAUAUUCAUGCCCCCAGUCCCCGUCCCCGCUUCCUGCCCCCAGUCCCCGUCCCCGGAAUAUUCCUGCCCCCAGUCCCGGUCCCCGCUUGCUGCCCCCAGUCCCCGUCCCCGGAAUAUUCCUGCCCCCAGUCCCCGUCCCCGCUUCCUGCCCCCAGUCCCCGUCCCUGGAAUAUUCAUGCCCCCAGUCCCCGACCCGCUUCCUGCCCCCAGUCCCCGUCCCCGUCCCCGCUUCCUGCCCCCAGUCCCCGUCCCCGCUUCCUGCCCCCAGUCCCCGUCCCCGCCUCCUGCCCCCAGUCCCCGUCCCGCUUCCUGCCCCCAGUCCCCGUCCCCGGAAUAUUCCUGCCCCCAGUCCCCGUCCCCGGAAUAUUCCUGCCCCCUGUCCCCGUCCCCGCUUCCUGCCCCCAGUCCCCGUCCCCGCUUCCUGCCCCCAGUCCCCGUCCCGCUUCCUGCCCCCAGUCCCCGUCCCCGCUUCCUGCCCCCAGUCCCCGUCCCCAGAAUAUUCCUGCCCCCAGUCCCCGUCCCCAGAAUAUUCCUGCCCCCAGUCCCCGUCCCCGCUUCCUGCCCCCAGUCCCCGUCCCCGGAAUAUUCAUGCCCCCAGUCCCCGUCCCCUCUUCCUGCCCCCACUCUCCGUCCUCGGAAUAUUCAUGCCCCCAGUCCCCGUCCCCGCUUCCUGCUCCCAUUCCCCAUCCCCGGAAUAUUCAUGCCCCCAGUCCCCGUCCCCGGUUCCUGCCCCCAGUCCCCGUCCCCGGAAUAUUCCUGCCCCCAGUCCCGGUCCCCGCUUGCUGCCCCCAGUCCCCGUCCCCGGAAUAUUCCUGCCCCCAGUCCCGGUCCCUGCUUGCUGCCCCCAGUCUCCGGCCCCCGGAAUAUUCCUGCCCCCAGUCCCCGUCCCCGCUUCCUGCCCCCAGUCCCCGUCCCCGGAAUAUUCCUGCCCCCAGUCCCCGUCCCCGCUUCCUGCCCCCAGUCCCCGUCCCAGCUAUCUGCCCCCAGUCCCCGUCCCCGCUUCCUGCCCCCAGUCCCCGUCCCCGCUUCCUGCCCCCAGUCCCCGUCCCCGCUUCCUGCCCCCAGUCCCCGUCCCGCUUCCUGCCCCCAGUCCCCAUCCCCGCUUCCUGCCCCCAGUCCCCAUCCCCGGAAUAUUCCUGCCCCCAGUCCCCGUCCCCGGAAUAUUCCUGCCCCCACUCCCUGUCCCCGCUUCCUGCCCCCAGUCCCCGUCCCCGCUUCCUGCCCCCAGUCCCCGUCCCCGCUUCCUGCCCCCAGUCCCCGUCCCCGGAAUAUUCAUGCCCCCAGACCCCGUCCCCGGAAUGUUCAUGCCACCGCUAUUCCCAGGAGGACCUCUGGGAGCACCAAGCUCUGUUUGUCACACAGAUAGAGCACUGUGACCACCGUGCCAUGUCUCUCCUCAAUGAGAUUCAGCUCAUCUGUAUUCAAAGCACAGAUGGAGCACAGUUUGACUGGUGUACCUUGAGUCACAGCCCUCAUCCCCACCCCUCCUCCUUCUGUAUCCCCAUGUGA